AUGGCCUAUACAGAUGACUCUGUCAAGGCAAAGCUCUCAGCUCUGAAUGAGUCUCAAGAGAGUAUUGUCACGGUUGCACAAUGGGUCAUGUUCCACCGGCGUCAUGCUGAUCGAACUGCACAAAUUUGGCUUCAGAAGAUUCGCGACUCAGCUCCCCCCAAACGGCUCAAUCUGAUCUACCUAGCAAAUGAAGUUGCCCAGCAGUCGAAGGCUCGACAAAAAGAGGACUUCAUCAUCGCUUUCUCGCCGAUCAUUGCGGAGGCCACUGCCACAGCCUACAAAGGCGCGUCGAGCGAUAUUCAGUUGAAACUCCGACGGGUGUUGGAAGUUUGGAGACAGCGCAAUGUAUUUGAGGGACCGAUUUUGGAUGCUGUCGAUGCGCGUGUGAACGAGAUUGACAAGACUCGAUCGACGACGAAGAAGCAGCCUCUCGGCGGCUCCUUUUUUAAAGAUAGCUCCGCAGGAGCAACUCCGUCCGAACUCCAGCCACUCGUUCCCCUCCAAGUUGCCCUUACCAAAGUUGCCAUGAGCUCCAACACCUCAUCUACUACUGCGAAUACCGAAUAUGAAAAGUUGAAUAGCCCAGAGGCUCCCAAGCUCACCCCUCCCGUGCACGCCGCGCGCCUUGGUGCAUUAUUAAAAGCACUUGCCCACGCUGAGAGCUCUGUGUCCGAGGUAAUCAAGUCUCGACGCGCUCUGAUCGACGGCCUUGAGAAGUUCCUUGCCACAAACCGCUCCGAACUUAAAAAGGAAGAGUCUCUUGUGGCACAUUUUACAAGCAAGAAGGACGAAACGGAUGCAAAGAGGCGGGAGGUCGAGGAGGCAAUUAUGCGAGGCUAUCCUACGGAUGAGGGCUCCGGAAUGGCGCAAGGCGGCAGUGAAGGCGAUUUUCCUCGUCCGGAGGUUGAGGCAUUGACCCCUCCCCCCGUAGAGGCCAUCACGCCUGUUGGUUCACCUAAGCCCUUGCAAACUCAGGGCCAGAUGACUCAUGGCCCCUUCACCGAAGAUACCGAGAUGCCUCUCCCCGAGGGAUUCACACUCCCCGGCCUCGAGCAGUCUGACAAUGGAAUUGCAUUUCCCGACGCAGCUAGCCUUUCACCGGGUGGCGGUAAUGACUUCGAUCUAGGUGCAAAUGGAGCGGGAGCGAAGAGGCGCAAAACAACUCACGAGGACGAGGAUUAUGCACAAUUCGCAAGCGGGGAUCUAGACGCUGAUGUAGCGGAGAUGAUUGCGCAGGAAGGAAGAAUGUGA